UAUUUAAAAUAUGUUUUUGAAUAGAUGUAUUCAAAUUUAAAUAAAUCUUGCAUAAGGAUUAGACUUGAGUUGGUGCUAGAUUGUGCACACAUCUAUAGUAUGCAUUCAAACACUGCCUGCAUAACACAUCCUUAAAACGUAUCAUGAUCGUUGCCUCAUAAACAAGAGCUGAGGAGGAGAAAUCACCUAGGUUUCAAAUAGAAAGCUGCUAGCAAAUGUAAAUAUUUAAAAAGAAAUCAUAAUAAAUGUGUCAUAAUCUUCAUUCCUUUAUAACCUCUUCUCCCGAGGUGACGUGAAGUGCUUGCUCUGGCAAGAUAAUCUUAAUAAUAUCCUGUAGUGUGUGAUGCACUAGGAUUUUUAAAUCCUGUAGUGUGAGCAUGUUUAAGAUUUGAGCGAAGAAUAUCUGACAAGAUUCUCCUUAUGUGUGUGCUGCAACCAGAUUUCAUAAUCUGCCAGGAUUUUAAAAAUCCUGUAGUGUGAGCCAGGCAUAAUACACGAUGUAACAACUCGUUGGAACUCAACAUAUGACAUGUUAGAACGUUAUGUGGAGCAACAGGCUGCCAUCUAUUCUGCCCUGAUCGACAAGGAUAUGAAAAAGAAAGUCAAGGACAUUUCCCUGUUAACUGACAGUGAAACAAAACUCGCAGAGGACCUCAUUAAUAUUCUCAAACCACUGAAGCAUGUAACCACCCUUAUGAGCACAGAAACAUCCCCCUCAGUUUCAAUGAUUAUCCCACUGCAGAUGAGGAUACUCAAAGCCAUGACAUCAAGUGCAGAGGACAGUACCACCAUCAAAGAAGCUAAGGCAGCCAUCACUUAAGACCUUAAAGCCAGAUACAAUGACCCUAUUGUUCAGGAUUAUCUACACAGAGCCACAGCACUGGAUCCAAGGUUCAAGUCUCUGCCUUACCUGGAAGAAGCCUGUGCUCAGAAAAUAUAUGAUGAUCUCACCAUGGACAUUGAAAAGCAGGUUCAACACAGUGAAGCCCAUGCGGCCUCGGCAGCGGAGCCAGGGCCAUCAGAGACCUCUCCUCCCCAGAAAAAAUCUGCCAUGGCAACGGUAUUUGCAGAUUUUUUUACAACAGAGGAAAGAAGCACAAAGUCUUUGUCCGACAUAAUUCGUGAAGAGGUCACCUCAUACAAAGCCACAGGCUGCAUCUAUGUGGAUGAAGACCCACUAGCAUGGUGGAAGUGCAAUGAGCAUAUGUUCCCACACAUUUCUAAGUUGGCACAACGUAACCUGGAUGUGCCAAGUGAGCGUGUUUUUUCAACGGCAGGGGACAUCGUCACUGCAAGUAGGUCUCGUCUCUUGACAGAAAAUGUGGACAAACUAAUAUUCUUGCAGAAAAAUAUGAAAAUAAAGUGAACAGAACAGUGUUGUUUUAAAACACUGCAGUGUGUUUGAUUUGUAUGCAACAUUUUAUACUGAUAGCCUGCAUUUUUGUUUUAAAUAUUAAAAAUAUUACAGUGGCACUUUAGGUUUACAUAAGAACUCCAGCUAUGUUUCCAAAUACUGCACUUUAAUUUCAAGUUAAAAAAAAGUAUCCUUACUCUCAGGGAAAUGAGGGAAUAGAAGCAUUGUUGAUACUGUACUGUUUUUGUGUUGAGCUGGUUGAACUUAUGCUUCACUUUAUGUUUAUGGCAUUUGCUAUGGUUAUAGCCUCAUUAUAGGCAAUUAUGUUUAAUAUAUUCUGACUUAUUUAAAAGUCUGAGCUUUAAGAGUUAAAUUCUUUUUCUUAAAUUAUACCAUUUUGUAAGAGCUACACUGAAGUUUACACUUUGUGUGCUAAAAAGGCACAUAAGUUCAUGAUGGCACAUUUUGAUUUUUUUGCCAAAUAAAUGAAAAGCAUGUUGAAAUUA